GAAUCGUGAACCAGAAGCAGAUCCAAUGCUCUUCGCGAAACCACUUCCUUCAGGUCACCCGGAAGAUACCGCCGUGCGUCUUUUCUUCGGUCUGUCAUCGCCGCCACUUCCACCACCACCAUCAUCAUUCUGAGGUUGCAGGUCUUUGUACAAAAGAAUGAGGCUGUGCUUACUGUUUGCGGUCACCCUGCUUUCCUUUGCCCCGGGGGCGGUUCAAGGUGCCGACAAGAAAAAAUUGCAGAUUGGGAUUAAGAAGAGAGUGGACAACUGUCCUAUAAAGUCCCGCAAGGGAGACGUACUGAACAUGCACUACACUGGAAAACUUGAGGAUGGGACAGAAUUUGAUAGCAGCUUACCCAGAAAUCAACCGUUCACUUUCACUCUGGGGACUGGUCAGGUCAUCAAGGGCUGGGACCAAGGCCUUUUGGGAAUGUGCGAAGGGGAGAAGCGGAAGUUGGUCAUUCCUUCUGAGCUGGGCUAUGGAGACAGGGGAGCACCACCAAAAAUUCCAGGGGGCGCUACACUCAUUUUCGAAGUGGAAUUAUUAAGCAUCGAAAGAAGAUCUGAAUUGUAAGGAGCCUGUUUACCAUCUGAAGAUGCCAUACGCUCAGCACUUAUCCCCAAAACAUCCUCACUCAUCUGGACCAGGGUUCUGUCGCUGCUGGUGAAAGGGCAGUACUUUACCCUGUGGAGAGGUUCAUGGUCUCGAUUUUAAAUUCGCGAUCACAUAAACAUGAACAGAACUUGAAGGUUUUUGAUUGGUUUCUGAAGACUUCUGAUUUAAAAGGCACGUGGUUCCCAGAACGUCUGCAGGAUUCUGGUUCUGUAGAAGGAAGGGUUGUCAUGGAACUCUAAAAUUCAAACGAUUAAUUUAAAACUUGUAUAGAUAUUCACUGUACUCAUUUGCCGAAGGAUUUACCAAUGAAUUUUUCCUAUCAAAA